AUGUGUAAAACGUUACGAGUCUUAAAUGCUGUACGCAACCAGGAGAUUGGCAUUCCUCUCAGUAUUCAGCAAUACAAGUUGCUUACACCAUCAGUUCUGAUUGGUCGUUUAAUUAAUGCCCAUCAACACCAUAUAGCGCUGCGAAUGUCAGAGUACCUUGGCAUGAAUCAAUAUGAGCUUUUCAAUGCAUAUGUCCUUGACAUUGAUGCUGCUCACAAUUCAGGACUCCAAACUCCAAAGUAUGAAGCAGCAGUUAAAAUAAGUUGA